UAUAUAUAUAUCCAGUUUCCUGAUGCUUCUAAGGUUGAUAACAGGAAAACACCAAACUGUCAGUCUGUCUAUUAAGGCUGAUUAGUUGCCUGCAUUUUAUUUCGCUGUUCUGUAUGCUUCUCUUGUGCUUUAUGUUAUCUAAUGUCAACGCAGGCCUCAUGAGCUGGAAUGCUUUUGGCUUGGGAGUAAUGAAAUGCUUAGCGACCAAAGUUCAUCAGAUGAUAUCAUUGUGGCUCGCAAUGCUUUUGGCUAUCGUGAAUCUAUGCUUGGAGUGGCAAUUGGGCUCGCCAUCCCUCUUUGGAGGACUGGUGCACCAAUUCGCUGUUCUUUCAGUACUUUCUUUGAUGGUUUUGCCAGUGUUGCGCUCUCAUGGUUCCCAAAAAAAAAAACUGGCCAGCUGCUGCCAUCAUCUCAGAGAACCCGAUCGAAACAUGCACCCGACAUAUAAAUCCUGUACGGACCGGAUACGGCCUUAAUGGUUUGGUUCUUUACAAACGAAACCGGAUGAUCACCGUGUGGCUUUCUGCUCGUUCCGGAGAAUGCGAGUGAGGGAUGGAUAUGCUUUCCCCCUUCGUUCGCUAAGAGCUUUGGGAAACUCGGGAAGAGCUCGAGCAGAAAGAUAUAGCUGGCGCAAGACGAGCUCAAGUAGAAAGAUAUAGUUGGUGAAAACCCUGUGCUCAAGCAGAAAGAUACAGUUGGCACAAGACCAUCAUCCCUUUGCUUUGUGUGUUUGGCUUGACCUUAUAGAAGAGUUCCGCCUCCGUCCUCAUUUGUUGUUACUGGUACCUUAACUUGCUUGCCAUAUAUGAUUCUCUUACUUGACUUCAUACUCGCCCUAGAGCUCAAAGUCCGGCGAUGAACCUCGAUGUGCUCAGCGAGUAAGUAGUAUUGCGAGAGUUUGAGUAAACAAGCAACAGAGGACCAAGCGGAGCGGGAAAGGUUUGAUUGUUCUGUUAGAUCUGGGGUGCCAAUAGAAGUAUUAUGAUUUGGCCGAGCAAUCAACGGAAAGAAAGCGCCUGCAUCUUCACAAUACGGCUAAUCGGGAAAGCACCGAUAGAAUUCAAUAUCACUUGAGCAGGUAAGGCGGAGAAGGGAGUUAAUGCCGGGAGAGCGGCUGGGAGGAGAGGGGACCGGGCGGCGAUCGUGGCGGCAAUGGAUGAGUCAGAGGACACUCCUAGUCGCGGCGGUGGUCGCAGCGGCAAAAGAAUCCACCGUGAAUGGACUCGGGAAAGGAAACGUAGGGGAAGAACGAAGAAGGGGUGUGGUUCGAUGGUUGGCCGCGGAGGGCAUCCCGUGAUUUGCGCCCGACGGAGAUCUGCAAGAGGAUGUCUUCGCACUAUUUUGGGUAAAGAGAGGGAAGGCGGAGGAGGAGGACGCACUGUCUUUUCUUUUUCGCUUAUUGUCAUUGUUUUUGUGAAUCAGGCUCCGUUCGAGAUGCCUUGAAUAGACAACAAGCCUUGGUGCCACGAUAAGAUUGCUUCUAGCUGGGAGUCAAGAGGAAAUAUUUGCUUGAUGCUGUAAUGUGGAACUUUAAGACCUGAUUCAGACAUUGCUUAUGGAUUCUGAACAUGGGAGAGAAAGUUCUGAAUAUUACAAUGCAAAUCAAGGGCAUGAAAAGGCUGGUAUUUCCGGUGUCAAGGUUGAUAACCCUGAUCUGCCCAAGCCAGCAAUUAAGCCUAAAACUGUGAAAGAAAGAUCAUGCUCAAAUUCCUCUUCUUCAAGCACUUCAUCAGAGGAGGAAUUCUUCCAGUUAGAUGCAAGUGAGCUUGGCAAGCCAAUGGCAGUUGUUCAUGAGAUGCAAAGAAACGACUUGCAACCUUCACUUCGUGUGGAAAAUACACAAGUAGAAGCAGGUCUAGGCUCAAGUAAAGGGCCAACAGAAAUAUCAUUCUCUUCCUAUGAUUCUAAUGGCAGUCCUGGAUCUGAUAAUUCUGGCAAUGCUGGAACAAAGCAGUCUCCUCCGGUUCAAUCAAUGUAUAGAUCAGAUGUCCCUGAUCCAAAUAGGAUACCUUCUUCUGUAUUCGCAAGGACAAAGUCCACUACACCAAUGGAAUGGAGCGUGGCUUCUAAUGAAUCGUUGUUCAGUAUCCAUAUGGGAAAGUCUGGAGAUCUGACCGGCUUAUAUGGUAGCCAAUUGGAUGGUUAUCCUCCAAUUUCUCCCAUGGCUGACAUUACCCCCACAAAACGUAGAGCAGGACCUGGUUUACAACAAACAGUUGAAUACGGAGCAGCAAAUGAUGAAGCUAUGAAGGAUGAUGUUUUAAAGACAACCAUCGAGGAGAAUGCUGAAAAUGACAAAUCUCGUGCAACUGAUGGUAUUCGUCAUUCUGAUAGCACAUCUCAGUUUUCUGAUGGUGGCAGUGUGAACAGCUAUCGUUCUUUUGCAUUUCCAAUAUUGACUGCUGAAGGAAGAAAUGGGUCUGUGAAAGAAUCAGUGCGUCCUGCAUUUCAAAAGGAACAGCUCGAGCAGCCUCUACCACAAACAGAGCAUCAAGAAGCAGAGCCUCCAAAAGAAGAACCAGUUGCUGCCCAAAAGACGUGGCUUUCGUGCUUUUCUUGUUGCUCAUCACGUUGCUGACUUAGUGAGCAAUAAAGCAACCUGAUUAUUCCUUUAAAUUCUAUGUGGUUCAUCCACUUCUUUCCAUGUGAAUUGAUGAAUUAGGAUAAGCUAAUUGUGUUCAGAUAUUACUUUGGCUGAUCCAUCAAACAUGGAAAAGAAUGUAAUUCAUUGUGUAUUUCUCUGAGAGAAAAACAUCAGGAUGUCUCUUUCAUGGCAGACAAAUGGUGAAGUUGGAUGGAUAAACCUUUUACUUUGAUGCCAAAAUGGAAGAAAUGAUAUGCAUAUAUACAUGUGGGAUUUAAGACUGACUCGUUAAUUAGGAGUCUCGAAAACUUGUAAUCGUUUGCUAAAUUAUAUGCUACUUUGUUCUCUCAUGCAACCUAUUUUUCUGGCUGAAUUUUCUAUA